AUGGGCAACAAACCGGGCACGGAAGCGCAUCGGCAUUCCACGGGCUCGACGCGUCUCGCACCCACCCCCAUGCGCCAGCCUAGCGCCAUGUCCGGCCAGCAACGACCUUCGCACGCUGAGCCGCUUGUGCAGAAAACUCCUCAGCCUGUGCCUCUGAGCCGCCAUGAACAGACGUCGGAGUUUGGUUUGUCUCCAUGCUCGUCAACAGCCUCAACGCCUACUGGCGACCAGGUGAUUUCCAAUUGGAAGCUCUUUAACGAUCUUGAGAACCGGGAAGAGGCUGAAGCCUUGGAACUGUCGCUUUUCCUCCAUGCCCUUGUGAACUACAUUCCUGGUCUCGACGGAGAGAAAGAGAAGGAGGACCUGGAAGUUUGUCCAAUCUUUCAGCCUGAAACGGGCAACAUUGACAUUGCCAACAUGUACGUGCAGGGAGACGAGCUGGACCGAGUCAUUACACUUCAGAAUGUGGAAAACUUGAUUGAUUCGUGUCGUAACGGGCGAAAGAUUCCGCGAAAUGUUGUGAUUCGCGUGGUUACCGAAGUGACGACACUGCUUCGGCAAAGUCCGACCAUGGUGGAGUUUACUAUUGCACCUGCGAAGCACAUUACAGUCAUUGGUGACCUGCACGGGCAGCUGGAUGACUUGCUGCUGAUCUUUCGUGAGAACGGCCUACCGUCCAAGUCAAACCCGUACGUAUUUAACGGAGAUUUUGUAGACCGUGGUGACCGAAGCGUGGAGAUUGCUGUCAUCGUGUAUCUUUUCAAGCUGCUGUACCCGGAUUAUGUUUUGUUAAACCGCGGCAACCACGAAGAAAACUCGAUCACUCAAGUGUUCGGAUUCAUGAAAGAAUGUGAUGUCAAGUACGACCGAUAUGUGUACGACCUCUUCUGCGAGAGCUUUCGUUACCUGCCCCUUGCUACACUGAUUGACGAACGCAUCCUCGUCGUACACGGCGGUGUACCCCGCGACAAUAUGUCGGUCAAAGAUUUUAAUACGCUAGACAGGUCUGGCUACGAUCUCACGCGGUAUCGUGAGAAGCCCAAGUGCCGGAAAGAGCGCGAAGCGUAUCGAAAGAUGCAGCUCAUGCGAGACUUGCUUUGGAGCGAUCCGAAAGAAACUAAGGGAUACGAAGAAAACAAGCGUGGCGCUGGUACGAUGUACGGUCCGGACAUUGUGCAAAAGUUCAUGAUGAAGAAUAAACUUGCGCUUGUCGUUCGGUCGCAUGAAUGCGUUCCACAAGGCUUUGACUGGCCGUUUAAAGAAAAGGGUAUGCUCGUUACGUUGUUUUCGGCAUCGAAUUAUUGCGGCAAGGCAAAUAAUUUGGGCUGCUUCAUGCAUAUUCCUUCGGGUAAGGGCAAACCUGGGUUUUUCCAGUACAUGGCAAAUGCGGAGAGUCGCGAUAUGGCAGUGUCCAACCUGGAUGCGCUUUUCUCGCUCAUCGUGCAAUACCGGUCCGAUUUGGUCCAGGAGUUUGAGGACUAUGACAAGGAGCACGCUGGCAAGGUCACGGUCGAGGCGUGGGGUGCCAUUAUGGAAGAAGUGUUGGAUUUGUCAUUGGAUUGGAACGCUCUUCAGCCGCUAUUGACCGUGUUGGAUGAUGAAGGUUUGGUGCCGUAUAAUGAUUUUCUGGACCGCUAUAAUACUACGGGAGCCGUCAUAUGCACAGAUGACGACGGAAACACCGACAUUGUAGGCACGAAGCAGCGCAGCGCGUUCAAUUCGCUGUAUCGUCAUCGCUCACGACUAGAAGCUCUUUUUCGUGUGCUUGACCGUGACGGCAACGGCACCAUCUCUGUGGACGAGUUGGAGAAUGGCAUUAAGUUGCUGAACGAACACUUGCCUCCCGGAGCCAAGCCGUUUAGCACCAACGGUAUCGAUUAUAUGCGCAUGAUGGACUUUAGCCACGACAACGAAAUCAACAUUAACGAGUUUAUGGAGGGCUUUCGCAUCAACGCAACGCUCACUGUUCACGCCAAGUGGAAACGCGCGCGCCAAAAAAUGAAGGCGCUAAGUGCAAUGGGUGCUUUGAAUGGGCUUUCGUUACCUAGCCAUGCGACUGCAGCCGCUUCAGGCGGUUCAGGUAAAGUUGCACAUACCGAUAAAACCGACGAGACAGCCGAAGCAGUUCAUCGCAAGUCAAGUACGUCCGACCCGGAGUUCAAGGCGGCUCGCUCGCGUUCUCCUGCGCCUUGGAUGCUCGAGGAACAUGGCAGUGUGCAAGUUAUUGCACUUCCCACCUCAUCAGCUGAUUUGAGCAAAGACGAAGAAGGCGCUGAAGGAGUUGCAGAAGCCGACAGUACGAGUUGA